AUGGUUAACAUCAUCGCCAUCAUCAUUCCCAUCUUUGUCAUUUUCUUUCUCCUUGCUUUCUGGCUAAAGUGCUCUUCUAGGGGCCGCAAAUUCCAGGAAAAACGUCUCCGUUUCAGAGCCAAAGUGAAUCCCUUCUAUCGCGCACAGUAUAAAGCCUACCAGAAUCGCCUCCAGGCUGAAGUCGAAAAACGCAAUAUUGAAGAACGCGACACAACCAAAGGCACCCCUGUGUGGUUUUCGCGGCAUAUUUACCAUGGCGCACUCCAGCAUUGGGUCAUGUACAUCAACGAGACAAAAUACGAGCUACGCAGGGAUAUUGAGAGUGGCACGUACAGACACAACAUACAGAAUGUAGAUUGGGACAUCAAAAGGGAGAAGCGCGAAGCGGCCUUGCAGAAAAAGCAAAUCCCCGAUGUCGACGGCUUCUACAUUUGUUUGAUUGGCUGGACGCGCCUGUCAGAAGAUGUCCUAGAAGAAAAGUGCCGCACGCUGAUGCAGAACGAGUUCGACGAGUACAAUCUAUUUUGGAACAAUUGUCAGCAUUUCCUCAAACAAUUUGCGGAUAAAAUCAUUAGCACCAAGGCUCUCGACUGGGCGUGGUUCCGCGAGAACACAAAGACCGAGUAUCAGAAUUGCCAGCAGCUGCCAAAGCCUCCCGACGCGCUUGUCCAGAUGCAGAUCAAUACCCUUCACCAUAACGGACACAGUCACGCGGCGACUCAAUUGCAGAACUCGCUCAUCGCCCAACAGCAGAUGAUGAACGGUGCUCAAAUGACAGCCAACGGAGGUCUUCCCCCAGGGUUCGUGGGAGGACUGCCACCAGGGGCAGGAGGGAUAACGGGCUAG